AUGACAAUGCACGACCCUGACCAGCUGAGUCAACCAACUGAACCCCUACGAGUGGACCAAUGUAAUCCUGUGGCGUGCGGUGUCAUUGGAACUGUUUAUUCUCUUAAAAAUUAUCCUGACGCUGUGGUCAGGGAAAUCAAAAUCGGCGACCUUCCUCCGGAUAUUAUGACAGCUUUGGAGACAGAAAUAGACAUUCUGCCUCGACUCGCACAUCAAAACGUGCUUGAGUAUCAUCAAGUUUUAACAGCCAAGGAUGUAGUCUACAUUUGCUUACCCCGUUAUUGUUGGACCCUCUCUGCAAUAAUUGCUAUUUCCGAUAUAAAAAACAAGCGUUUUUCCGAGCAGACUGUCUGCAUUAUAUUUGGUCAGAUUGCUUCUGCUCUGGCAUAUCUCCACGAUCCAAAUAAAUGUGAUAUCAAGGGAAAUCCCCUCCCAGUCUUUAUUCACCAGGAUCUCAAGCCAGACAGUAUCUUGGUCAGCGCAGACGAAACUCAAUAUGUUAUUACAGACUUUGGAUUCUGUAGAGAAGACCUAGAUAGAGGAUCUGUUGUUUUGGGUGUGCCUGAAUAUGCUGCUCCCGAGGCGCUUAUUCUUAAAAAGUAUACUUCUGCCUCUGAUGUAUGGAGCUUAGGCUGUAUUGUUUAUGAACUUAUAACUUUAAAAAGGCCUAACUUUGUAGGAACUCGCAAACCAGCCGAAGUUUUUGUCGAUGAUUGGAGUCCUAACUUAAGUGCUAUCAAGAGUACGUUUCUGAAAGAAAUGCUCAGACGCAUUUUUGUUGUUAAGCCUGAAAAUCGUGUCUCGGCUAAGGAGCUUGCAGAAAUACUUGAGACGUGGAAAAGCUCACGCUAUAUAAUUAGAGAGCUUAAGCACAAGGAGCAACAAAUAAAGUGGAAUCAGAUGCUCAUCGAUCGUUCUAAGAGAUUAGAGGAAAAUUGCAGACAGUUGAAAGCAACGCUAGAAGAUUCCAAAGCAGAAGUUAGAAACCAAAUAGAUACUAUAGCUAAACUUGAAAACCAGAGUAACGAGUCUUCUUUGAGAAUUAAACUAUUGGAAAAGGAGAUUGCUACCUUGAGAAGAACUAUAGCAUAUCUAAGUCCCACUACUGAAAGCGCCUCGUCAACUACUCUUAUAGAUGCUGUGAAAAACAAUAGUAUUGAUUCAGUUAAGUCAUUGGUCCAAAACUUAGAAGGACUUGGCCUCCGUGACGCUACGGAUACGACAACUCUUAUGUGCGCUGUUCACCAAGGAAAGUCUGAACUUGUUGAGCUUUUGGCAACUCUAAAAAUGGGACUGCAGGAUAAUAAUGAUAGAAAUUCUCUUAUGCAUACUGCGAUUCAUGAUUAUCUCCAGGUUUCCAAGAUUCUUCUCCCACAUGAAACAGAGAUUAAAGAUGGCAACAAUAACACAGCCGCGAUUCUCACUGCAAAGGAAAGGCAUGGAGAUAUUGUGGAUCUUUUCACUUUCUUGAACAAGGAUGGUACUACAGCGCUUAUGCAGGCAGUGCUACAAAAUAAUAUUAAAGCAAUAGAUGUCCUCAUUCCCCUCCAAAAGGGCGCCAGAGAUAAUAAGGGCAUGACGGCACUAAUGUAUGCUGCUGCGAAUGGUCAUACAGAUGCCGUGCGUUUUCUUCUUGAGUACGAGAAAGGAAUAAAGGACAAAAAUGGUCAUAAUGCACUUUGCCAUGCUCUUAAAAAUAAUCACCUAGAAAUUGCUAAUAGUAUUCUUCAGCAUGAUGAUCCUACUGACACCGAAGGAGUUACAGCACUUAUGCGAGCAGCCGCGAAUAACAAUGUAGCAAUUGCAAGGCUACUUUUGCCAAUACAAAAAUGCCUAAAAGACAAUAAGGGAGCAACUGCACUCAUGCACGCAGCUAAAGCAGGUAGACUAGAGAUGGUUGACUUGCUCGCUGAGUACGAGUCCAAGUGCAGGGAUAAUAAUGGUCAGACCGCACUUAUGUAUGCAGCUUCUAAUGGCUAUUUUCAAGCAACUAAGGCUCUUCUAAAGUACGAGGUACAAAUGAAGGAUAAUUAUAAUAACACUGCGCUCUCCUUGGCUAUUAAACACAGACACACAGAGAUAACUAAGCUUCUUCUUUGGUACGAAAACGAUCCUUCUUGGACUGCUCUCAUGUGCGCUGCGGUUACUGGUGAUUUUGAAACAGCUAGGAGGCAUAUCAGUGAAAGAGAUCUAGUGGACAAUAAUGGGAGAACAGCUUUAGAUCUUGCUAAGGAAGCAGGACAUGGAUCAGUUAUUGAAAUUCUUGACCAUCUGGAUGAAAAGGGUUUUACAGCUCUCAUGCGGGCUGCUGCGCAAGGAGACCUGGAUAUGGUAAAGGUUCUCAUUCCUGUUCAGAAGGGCAUGCAAACUGUUACAGAUGGAGAAUGCUCUUGUAAAAAUGAUAAGUACUGGUUCAAUAAGGGCACAACGGCACUUAUGCUUGCUGCCCACUAUGGUCAUGUAGACAUUGUAAAGGAGCUUGUGAAGCAUGAGUACAAUGUGCACGAUACUCGUGGCCGAACUGCUCUCAUGAUAGCCGCUGCAUGGGGGAAGAUUAAUGUUGUAAGGGAUCUUAUACCUUUUCAAAAAGGGAUGCAAACCACUGGUGAUGGAGAAUACGAAGCUGGGGAGCAGGGAUUUUGGUUUAAUAAAGGCUCUACAGCACUUAUAUUUGCCUCAAGACAUUGCAGACUAAACGUUAUCAAAGAACUUAUAGAACAUGAAAGCCGAAUGCAUGAUGAGUUUGGUGGAACCGCUCUCAUGUGGGCUGCACGACAUGGACACACCCAAGCUAUUUCACUCCUAAUGGAGAGGGAAGGUCGAAUGCAGAAUGAACGAGGGUGGACAGCUCUGAUGUGGGCUGUGCAUAGUAUUAAGUUAGAGGCUGUGAAGCUACUAAUAGAGUAUGAAAAGGGAAUGAAGAGUACACGUGAAUCAGAAACUAUUCAGCAUAAUUCAAGCAGUCUUUCUGUUAUUUUCAAUGUAAUACCGGACUCCUUUCCCUCGGGCUCAACAGCACUUGCGAUAGCUAAGAAAUGCAGCAAACUAUUCGUUGGAAAUUAUCACCCCAUUAUCAAUCUUCUUUCUCAGUAUCCUGAAGAACGUUAUUAG